CUUCGAUGAUCGCCAGUUCCAUUCCUUGCUGUUGCUUUUCUGCCUGAGCAUCUUGCAUACCACAGCCAUGAAAAUGCUGCGACCGCCUUGAGUCCUUAAAAUUUGGUUGCACCCCAUCUUCAACUAUUUCUUUAGUAUCAUGGCGGGCGCCAGGACAAAUGGACGCCCGCCUGUCGGCCGGCGCACCACGCGCUCCCAAGCUCAGCCCCCCGCGGCCGCCGGCAGCAGCAGGAAGAAGGCCGUCCCCCGCGAAUAUCGCCAUUUGCUGCGCGAGGCCGGUGCUGCGCCGUCCUCGCCAUCACGUCUCGCCGAACCCGAAGACGGCGAGCCUCCUGCGAAGCGACCACGUCGGCCCGGACAAAGGGACGCCACCCGAGCACAGCUCGCCACGCCGAAAGAGCCUACCGCCCCUACUGUCAAGCCCAGCGCCAAGGUAGCGGAGGCGAGCGAGCCGACCGACGACGCCGACGAGGACGAGGACGAGGACAUCGAGUUCGAGGACGUGGCUCUGCCGGAACCGACGAUUCAGACGACAUACCAGGACUCAGAAGACGACGACGACGACGAUGAUGUUGGUUUCGAAGAUGUCGACUUUGGCGCGUUACCAGCGGACGCCCCAGAAGCCGCGACCUUGGAGCUAGAUCUCUCUACACAUCGCGCUGCCGCCGCCGCCGAGGCCAUCAAGAGGAGGGGCGCGCCCAAGCGCAAACCCAUCAGCCGGACCGAGAAGGAGCGGAGGGUCGAGGUGCACAAACUACAUAUUUGCUGCUUGCUGGUGCAUGCCGCGCGUAGGAAUCGCUGGUGCGACGACGCCCAGGUGCAGAGCGCCCUGCGCCCCUUGUUGCCCGACAAGGUGGUCGACAUGUUGAAGCCCCGCAGUGGACUUACACAGUUCGGCCGCUCCGAAUCCCUCAAAGACGGCUUGGUCAAGGCCCGCGGCAUCUUUCAGUCCGCCUUCAACAUCACAGAACGUGGAUUGCGUAGGGCGCUGUGGGCCGAGGAGCCGUCACAUCUCGAAGAUUACCAGGCACCAGAAGACUUGGAUUCGGCCCUGGACAAGACAGAAUUUCGGAAAUCGGCAAAGUACCUUGAUGGCUCCCGCGACGUGGGCGCACAGCUAUUCUGCGCCCUCCUUAGGUCCGUCGGCGUCGAGACGCGUCUCGUUUGCUCGCUCCAGCCCUUGUCCUUCGUCUCGAGCACCCCGACACUUCAGAAGCCACGCCUCAAAAAGGCCGAGGCGCCCAAGCGUAGGAUGCCCAACUACGAUUCGUACAAAUACGUGCCUCCAUCGGGCGCGAUACAGAGCUCAUCGCUCGUUGCACGCCGGCUGGGGCACCCCAACGCUGCCGCCUACGUGGUACCGCCACUUGCCCAGCAGUCCCUCUCCGCCGCUGUCACAAAAGAACAGGGGCGUAAACCCGUCACGGGCGAGUCGGCAUUCCCUGUGUACUGGGUCGAGGUGCUUGACGAGGCACACCAGAAAUGGCAGCCCGUCGACCCCAUAGUGACUUGCUCGCAGGCAAGGCCUGCAAAGCUAGAGCCUCCCCUAACGGAUCGGCUCAACUGUCUCUGCUAUGCCGUCUCGUUCGCAUCCGACGGCACGGCUAGGGAUGUGACGCGCCGCUACGCAAAGGCAUACACGUCCAAGACCCGCAGGAUGCGCGUUGACACUCUGCCCGUUCCGACUUCAUCCGCUUCCCUGGCGGCCAUAGCAGCUGGACUAACGGGCGAAGAGUGGUACGCGCGCGCCCUGAGCUUCUUUGCGCGCCCGCUCGGGAUUGUUACGGACCUGGACCGCAGCGAAGAGGCGGAGCUGGCGACCACGGCUGGGCGGGAGCCCAUGCCUCGCAACGUGGCCGACUUCAAGGGCCACCCAACACACGCACUCGAGCGCCACCUCAAGCGCAACGAGGUCCUCAUCCCUGGGGCCAAGUCUUCUGGGACUGUGGGCGUGGGAGGUGCCGGCGGCGGUCGUGGCAAGGGGAAACAGCAGCGGGUCGAGCGCAUCUACAGACGGCGUGAUGUGCGCAUCGCCUGGUCUGAGGAAAAGUGGUACCGCAUGGGCCGCGUGGUUAGACCUGGCGAAGUCCCCGUCAAGCAUAUUCCUCGACGGCCGAAGCCUAAGAGCAAAAGCAGUUAUUUCGAAAAUCGGGGCGGCGACGAGCCGGAUGAGGACGAUGAUGUAGAUGAAGAUCCCGUCCUCGGGCCUUCCUCCGGCAGCACUGCCGCUGGAGUUCCAAUAUUUACCGAAGACCAGACAGACCCCUACGAACCCCCGCUGGUCGUGAACGGCCAUGUGCCCAAGAACAAGUUUGGCAACGUGGAGGUGUUCGUGCCGUCCAUGGUGCCCCGAGGCGGCGUCCACUUGACAGACGAGCUCGCUGCUCGGGCGGCGUUUGUGCUUGGCGUGGACUACGCGCCCGCCCUGACGGGCUUCGAGUUCCGCGACCGCAAGGGCACGGCGGUGCUGAGGGGCGUCGUGGUGCCGGCCGAGUGCGAGGAGGCGGUCCGGCUGGUAGCGGCGACGCUGGGCGACCUCGAGGCCGAGGCCGAGGAGGCGCGGCGCAACCGCGCGCUGCUGCGCCUGUGGAGCCGCUUCCUAAAGGUGCUGCGGCUCGACGAGAUGAUUGGGCGGAGUAUGGGGCUGGGCCCGAGUGGUAGCAGUAGCGCGAAGCCGAUGUUGGAGGCUGCGGCUGCGGAUGAUGGGCAGGAGGAGGCUGAUGAGGUCGACGAUGAACAGGCGGGGCGGGAUGAUGGGAUGGAGGAUGGAGGUGACGGCGGGAACGGGAUUGCGGACGAUGUCGAGGACGACGACGACACAGGCGGCGGGUUCGUGGCUCACAACGACUACGGCGACGACGACGAUAUGGGCGGUGGAUUUAUGGUUGAAUAGAAAGCGAUGCGUCCUUUUCUUGGCGAUACCUGUCCCCCUGUCCCCCUGUCCCUCCCUUCAGCCCACGCAUGCAGAAUGUCCUUUUCUGGACCCAAAUGCGAGGAAUGACAUGUUGGACCAUGCUUGUCGACACAUUCACUCAAAACGAACAAGCAAUUUCUUGGCCAAUCCCCACGGCCUCUGACUGGGCUUUUUUGCUUCUCAGUCGCACACAAGGACGUCUUUGUUUGGGGCAGAUAUUUUUAGUCUCGUAGUGGUUUCCAUCCAUUGACUGGCUGGUCCAGGCCAUAUAACAAAGCAACUCCUCCUCGGCCGGUGGACGUCAGGUUCGGGUAUAUGACACACUAUUAGCCCUCUCUUCGACGAUCAGUGUCGAUCCGUCCCGAUACAUUUCUAAACGAAAGCAUCACUCUGGAAGUGAAACAGGACCUACUACUAUUUAAUCACCGACGCAAUAACCAACGCACGAACUAACUACAUACCGACU